AUGAAUGAAGCACGUCUAAAGAGGGAUAUUCAAUGCGGUCAACUGGGAUUUGAAGCAGCUCAACUUUCAGGACUGUGUCCAAGUGGUUUAUUGACAUUGGGACCUGGUAGUUUAUUGACAUUGGGGCCUGGUGGUUUAUUAACAUUGUGGGCUAGUGGUUUAUUGACAUUGGGACCUGGUGGUUUAUUGACAUUGGGGCCUGGUGGUUUAUUGCCAUUGGGGCCUGGUAGUUUAUUGACAUUGGGGCCUGGUAGUUUAUUAACAUUGUGGGCUAGUGGUUUAUUGACAUUGGGGCCUGGUAGUUUAUUGACAUUGGGGCCUGGUGGUUUAUUGACAUUGGGGCCUGGUGGUUUAUUAACAUUGGGACCUGGUAGUUUAUUGACAUUGGGACCUGGUAGUUUAUUGACAUUGGGGCCUGGUGGUUUAUUGACAUUGGGGCCUGGUAGUUUAUUAACAUUGGGACCUAGUGGUUUAUUGACAUUGGGGCCUGGUGGUUUAUUGACAUUGGGGCCUGUUGGUUUAUUAACAUUGUGGGCUGGUAGUUUAUUGACAUUGGGACCUGGUAGUUUAUUGACAUUGGGGCCUGGUGGUUUAUUGCCACUUGGGCUUUGA